UGGAGCUGCUUCUCCGGCCGAACUGCGAGCGAACCAGGAGACAAAAGCAACAAAGUGAACCCCCCGCCGGAUCAAUCAAACGUGUCACAUUUAACCGUUUAGGAGCCGAAACCCCGUGAUCCCACCGUCCCCGCUUCACAGUUGCGUGCCGAGGAGUGCAACUAUUUUCAGUAAUAAAUGGAGAGGGACACGCAGGCGCUCUGUGGCACAGACACCAACACAGACGUCACAUCACCUGCUUGAGCGCUAACAAAGUGAAAACGACUAACUAUGGAAGCCUAUUUCGCUGACACUGCUGCUAUGGAUGGGGAGGAAGAUGUUCCUGACAUGAGUGAGGAUUUAGGAUUUAGCGACUCUAGUGACUCCACAGAAAGCAAAAAAAAAGAGGCGAAAGGAAGCUGCUUGAGAAUUGAGGGGCAGGAAGGAUAUGUGUUCAAAUCUUACAGCAUUAACCCUCAUGACGCCUCAGACGCCAUGUCGCCGGCAUGCUCCUCAACACUGGAUAAAGACCCUCUCCCCUCCUGUUUCCAUUUAUCUUCUCAGGUAGACAAACGGCUGGAAACGCGUCGCACUGAUUCCGCUUCUCCUGACACUGACGCUGAGGAACACACGGAGAGUGAAAGGUUUGAAAAUGGCAGCGGAUCAAGUGAACAUAUCAGAGAUGACCUUGAUGAUGCAAAUGAAAUGGAAGAGGAUGCGCAAUAUGAUGACAGAUUAGCAUUUGGUAGCUCAAUUGGCCCCUUUUUACCUAGAGAUGUUGACGAUUAUAGUAGUUUAUUUGGGGGCUAUACAAGUACUCUUUAUGAUGUUGCCAUGGACGCUGUCACUCAGAGUCUUCUGUCAUCUAUGAGGAGUCAGGCCAACCCGAGGAAGAAAUCUCCCGCUUGGAAUCAUUUUUGCAUAUCUCCCCGAGACAACACCAAAGCAAUCUGUUUAUACUGUAUGAAGGAGUUCAGUCGAGGCAAGAACGAGAAAGACCUUAGUACGAGCUGUUUGAUGAGGCACGUACGAAGGGCUCACCCCACUGUGCUUCUACAAGAUGGAGAUGCAUCCUUUCAUAACCUGCCCAGCUUUUUCGCUUCGUCUUUGAUACCUUCCUCCCCCAGCUCACCAAAAAACGGCGACUUCAGCAGCAUUCUCGCCUUCGCUUCAAAGAACACUUCACCGUCCACAUCCUCAGCUGAAAAUUCGGACACAUCGCCCAAAGAAGUGCUACCCAAAGUUGAACCAAAUCUAGACCCGUACGCCAGCGUGGACUCUGUUUGUGGCACCCUCUCAGAUUUACAUUCCAGUGAAAAUAACAUCGAAGACAUGUCAGACGGAGUGCCCGAGCACCCUCCGGAGACCCCUAAAGUCUCUAGCUCCCGCCGCAGGUCUGCUGUGUGGAAGCACUUUUACUUGUCACCUGUUGAUAAUUCCAAAGCAGUAUGUAUUCAUUGCAUGAAUGAAUUCAGCAGGGGUAAAAAUGGAAAGGAUCUCGGGACAAGCUGUCUUAUCCGUCACAUGUGGAGGGCACACAAGGAGGUUGUAAUUGAGGAAAAUGGACAGGGAAAUCACAUUCCCCUACCCUAUACAAACCCACCCUCACUUUUGUCCCGUUCACGUCUACAUGGUUCACUAGAUAUCAAAAAAGAGUCGCCCCGUCUUCUGUCCUCACCAGAAACAGUAUCUGAUGAUCUGCCGCAAAGCAUGGAGGAAAGUAUGGACAUUAAGAAAGAAUGUGAAGAGGCGAUGCACCUCUCAGUGCACAAGUCCUCUUUCAACCUUUCCUUUCAAAUGCGAGGGGGUGAUACGCCACUCACUUCCUCACCAUGUGAUCUCUCCGAGGGUCCCAGCUUCAAACAGGAUCACGCAGUUUUCCAGCAAAACAAAAGGAUAAUGAAACGGGUGAAAUCUGAAGUGUGGCACCAUUUCACAGUCUCACCAGUCGACCAGUUUAAAGCACUGUGCCGUUACUGUCCAUGCGUCAUCAGUCGAGGGAAACGGGGCGACUUCGGUACAAGCUGCCUAAUGAGGCAUCUUAUGAGACGUCAUCCAGACGUCCUGAAGAACCAAAAAAGCACAGACAAGUCGUUCCCUCAUCCCUACAUCAACCUCCCCACAACAAACACAGUUUCAGCCAAAGAAACUGACAGUCCCACCAUUGAGAAAAAGCCUGUUUUCAGUAAAAAGACGUCAAAACUGUGGAACCAUUUCUCCAUUUCACCCACUGACCCUACAAAGGUGGUAUGUUUGCACUGUAGCCGUACAAUUAGCAGAGGCAAAAAGACUACAAACCUCGGCACGAGCUGCCUCUAUAGGCACAUGCAGAGGUUUCAUGGACAUUUUCUUGAAAGUAAAAAUACUAUCUCAGGUAUUGUGCCGUCUGCUGAAAUCCGUGUCAAACAAGAAGUCAUGGACACAACCGUUUAUCAAGCAGAGCAAAACUGUGAGAGGUUUGAUGACGAUCAUCCGGUUUCCAAAAAGAUCACCAAGCUCAUUGCAGAAAUGCUCGCACUGGAUCUCCAGCCAUCAACUGUGGUAGAGAACGCUGGACUCACCAGACUGCUGGAGUUGCUCCAGCCUCAGUACUCUCUACCAUCUUCGUCUUACUUUACCAGCACUGCCAUACCAGAUAUGUAUGAAAAAGUGAAGAGUGUUUUGCUGACCCACUUAAAAGAGGCUGAAGCAGGUGUUGUCCACUUUACAUCAAGCGUUUGGGUCAGUAGUCAGACAAGGGAAUACCUGACCCUUACUGCCCACUGGGCGGCAUACGAAUCAGUUGUCAAACCUCAAGGUCAAGACUGUCACUGUUCUGCUCUCUUAAGUGUCUCACAAAUAGAAAGUGAUAUGCACGACAUCCCAAAGCAGCUGGAAUAUCUGUGGGAGUCUUGGAUCACGUCAGCGGGGCUGAAGAAAGGCUUCACUGUAACAAAUAACAGCACCAUCAGGCAUAUGUUGGAUGCACAUGGCCACGCCACCCUGCAGUGUUUCGGACACACGAUCGAUCUCAUUGUAAGUGAAGCCAUAAAAAGCCAGAGGAUGGUUCAGAACGUUUUGAGCAUUGCACGGAAGCUCUGCGAGCGCGUGCACCGCUCGGCACAGGCAAAGGAGAGGCUGAUUGAGCUCCAGAGGGCUCACCAGCUCCCAGAGAACCAGCUGGUUCAGGAUGUGCCGUCCAAAUGGAGGACCUCCUUCGUCAUGCUGGAGCGGCUGGUGGAGCAGAAGACUGCCAUCGACGAGAUGUCAGUAGAGUGCGAUUUCAGGGAAAUAAUCAGCAGCGACCAGUGGGAGGUCUUACUGUCGGUCUGCAAUGCACUGAAACCUUUUGAAGUGGCCUGCAGGGAAAUGAGCACUCGUACUGCCACUCUGGGACAGGUGAUACCACUCGUUCACAUUCUCAACAGAAAAAUAGACCUUCUGUUUGAUGAGACCGUGGGAAUAGACAACAUGCUCAGGUCUUUAAAGGAAGCAAUGGUGACCAGGCUGUCUGCAAUUCUGCGUGACUCACAGUACACCUGGGCAACCAUGCUGGACCCGAGGUACAAGACGUCCAUGUUCACAGAGGAAGAAGCCGAGCGCUGUAAGCUAGAUCUGAUCCAGGAGCUGGACUUGUCCUCCUCUACCUCAGUUAACUCUUUCUUGCCCAACGGCUACAGUGAGGACCCAGUUUCAUCCAGCACUUCUCAUUUAAACAAGAACCUCUGGUCAAUGAUUGACAUCAGGCAAAAGAUAAAGACGGAGGAGAGGUCCUCGGAGCUGGACGUGCUGGAGUAUCUGGAGGAAGAUAUUCUGGAUCAAACCUGUGACCCCAUGGACUAUUGGAACCUGAAGAAGUUCCUGUGGCCUGAUCUUGCCAAAGUAGCUGCCCGUUAUGUGGGCUGCCCCCCCAGCAUCGUCUCAGCAGAAACGCUGUUCAGCACCCCCAGUGUCAGCUGCGCUCUGAGUCAGGCCAGGCCAACGCUGGACAACAUGGAGGGUCUGCUGUUCCUGAAGGUCAACCUCCCUUUGAUUUGUUUUCAGUACUGAGUCUGAGCAUUAAGCAUCAGGACCAAGUUGCAUAGCUGUGAAACGGGAGGCGUUUGUAAAAUAUCAUUUAAACACUGAUUCUACAUGCA